GGCGGGCGCCGGACCCCCAGAUGGAGCGACAGGUCUCGGGCCCUCAGGCGGAGCGGCGGGCGCCGGACCCCCAGGGUGGAGCGACAGGUCUCGGGCCCUCAGGCGGAGCGGCGGGCGCCGGACCCCCAGGGCGGAGCGACAGGUCUCGGGCCCUCAGGCGGAGCGGCGGGCGCCGGACCCCCAGGCGGAGCGGCGGGCGCCGAGUCACCAGGCACGACAGUGGGCUCCGAGUCAACUGGCAUGACCGCUGGCACUGGGUCAGACAUUGGAUCGUCUGGCUGGACAGCGGGCAUCGGGUCACCAGGCAUCAGGUCAUUUGGCUCGACCGCGGGCACCGCGUCAUCUGGCAAGGCAGUGGGCUCCGAGUCAACUGGUAUGACCGCGGGCACUGGGUCAGACAUUGGAUCGUCUGACUGGACAGCGGGCAUCGGGUCACCAGGCAUCAAGUCAUUUGGCUCGACAGCGAGCACCGCGUCAUCUGGCAAGGCAGUGGGCUCCGAGUCAAC